AUGGCCAGCCAAGUACCAAACGGAACCGCAGGGAGCAAAACCAGCAGCGCCGGCGGAGGCGGCAUCACCUCGCGCGACAAGCUCCUCAUCCACGCGCCGCAGCCCCCGCCGCCGGGCUUCCUCGACCUGCUGGCCGCGCGCUUCCCGCAGCUGUCGGUGCGGUGGGAGCUCGCGCGGCUCGACCCCGUGCGCAGCGACCUCGCCAGCGCCGACACGCUGCCCGCCGAGGUCCUCGACGGCGUCACCAUGCUGAGCGUCUACCCGCCCGCGAAAGCCGCCGCCAUCCCCGACGUGCGCUUCGUGCAGCUCAUCUCGGCCGGCUCGGACCGCUGGGUCGGCCACGAGAAGUACCGCGACCCGGGCGUCGUGUUUUGCUCGGGGAGCGGCUGCCAUGCCCCUCAGAUCGCCGAAUGGGUCAUGGCCUCGUGGCUCGCCUCGGAGCACCACUUUGACAUCUACAAGCAGCAGCAGCUCCAGGGCAGCUGGUCCGCCCGCGUUGCCGACCAUCCCGUGACCGACUCCAUGGGCCGGCGCAUGGCCGUCUUCGGCUACGGCUCCAUCGGCCGGCAGUGCGCCCACCUCGGCCGCGCCCUCGGCAUGGACGUCGUCGCCUACACGCAGCGCCCGCGCCCCACGCCCGCCUCGCGCCGCCUCGACCCGGGCUCCUACGCCGUCCCCGGCACCGGCGACCCGGACGGCGCCAUCCCCUCGCGCUGGUUCCACGGCGACGACGCCCCCGCCGCCCUCGCCGACAUGCUGCGCCUCGGCGUCGACCUGCUCGUCCUCGCCGUGCCGCUGUCCGACUCCACGCGCGGGCUCGUCGGCCGCCGCGAGUUCGACCUCAUGCGCGACGUCACCGCCAGCGCGAACGGCGGCGGGGACCCGUCCAAGAGGCGGCGCCCGCCCUUCCUGUGCAACAUCGCGCGCGGGCCUGUCGUCGACUCGUUCGCCCUUGUGGAUGCGCUGCGCGAUGGGUCUGUUCGUGGCGCGGCCCUCGAUGUCACGGACCCGGAGCCCCUGCCGGCGGAUCACCCGCUGUGGACGGCCCCGAAUGUCUUCAUCACGCCGCACGUCUCGUGGCAGUCGACUGCCAUCAUCGAUCGCAUCACGGACCUGAUCCUCGAGAACCUGACGAGGCUGGACGAGGGCCGGCCCCUGCUCAACCAGAUCAAGAAGUGA